AUGUGGCCUAUCGUCUACUGGCAGUCCGCUCCGACGUUUGACAUUUUCCGGCACGUUCACGUUUCGGUUGCCGUUGCCACUAUCAUUGUUGUAUCCAUCAUCGUUAUCUGCGUUAUCGCCCGAGUUGGGAAGUCGGACGCGCAUCCGAGGCAAGCGUCAUGGAACCGCAGCCUUUGGGCCCUCUCCGUCUCCAAGCCUCAUCAUCAGUCAUAUACACCUCCGGCUGGGACUCCCGCACCGGCACCAUCACCCGCAGACCCUGAGCCCGCCGAGUUGAUCAAGGAGCCCGAGACCCGGCCGAUCUCGCAAGAGCAGUUAGUGUCCGAGGUCAAGGGCAUCUACGCCGGCCUGGUAGUAAUCGAGAGCAAGUGCAUCGAGGUGGUCAAAAAUCAGACCUCGCAAAACGAUGCUUCCGGCAAGCUCAUUAACAACCAGAGUUCGCAAACUGGCCCGCUAACCAAGCUCAACAAUGACCAGUGGCAGGCUCUGAUUGCCCUCUACCGCACCUUGCUCCACGAGCAUCACGACUUCCUCCUCGCUUCGCAACAUCCGUCGGCAAGCCCGGCGCUAAGGAGAUUGGCUGCCAAGUACGCAAUGCCCGCGCGGAUGUGGCGCCACGGCAUUCACGACUUUUUAGAGCUUCUGAGGCACCGUCUGCCAGCCAGCCUGGACCACAUGCGCACGUUCAUCGACACGGCUUACUCGAUGAUGGCCCUGUUGUACGAGAUGGUGCCCGCGUUCGAAGACACGUGGAUGGAGUGCUUGGGCGACCUCGCCCGCUACCACAUGGCCAUCGAGGACGACGACGUCCGGAAUCGCGAAGUAUGGAGGGCUGUGAGCCGUCACUGGUAUUCGCGUGCCUCCGACAAAGCACCGACGACGGGACAUCUCUACCACCACCUGGCGAUUCUGGCCCAGCCCAACGCCCAGCAACAGCUCUACUAUUACACCAAGUCGCUCUGCGUGAAAACACCAUUUCUGUCUGCCCGUGAAAGCAUCAUGAGCUUGUUCGAGCCCAUCAUGUCGCCCAUCUCCAACCCACAGCAGACCUGGCUCCCGCGCGUAGAGCUACAUUACGUUAGAACACACGGCAUCUUGUUCACCGGGAAGCAAGAAGAGCGACUGCAGGAAUCUAUGGACCAGUUCCUCAAGUCGAUCGGCGACCACAUCGCUCUUUCCUUGUAUCGAUGGCUCGAACCUGGGUACCACAUUGGCAUCUCCAACAUCUGUGCGCUGCUGGGCUAUGGGGACGAGAGCAACCCGAUCGCCCAAGCACUCAAGACUCCGGCGGCUCCGUCGCGCAGCGUCAGCGCCAGCGAGCAGUUCCGCAACACGCGCAAGCUCUUUAACGCUACCUACGACGCGGAGGAGGAGGAGAAGAAGAAGAACGAGGGCGCGGAGGCCGGGGAGUCGCGGCCGGGGCCGCCGAAGCGUCGGCCGCUGCCUGAGGACUUUGCCCUGCGGGGCUUUCCUUUCGUGGAGAAGUACUUUCCCGACGAGUGGUUUGAGGAGAACAUCGACUACGACGAUAAAUAUGUUAAGGUCGCGCUGACCGACGUCGAGUCGAAGACCGAGGAAAGGAAGGAGAGGGUACUCUGGCUCGGAUGCCGCAUCGCCGAGAUGGAAGGCAAGUGGCUCCGCUUUGACAAAGAGAAGUGGCAGUUUGGGGUUAACUCGGAGUAUGAGGUGGAUCUGGACUUGUGA